AGAAAAAGAACUCACCCAUAAUUUUGAAGUGGAAAUAAAUAGAGGGAGAGAGAGAGAGAGAGAGAGAGAGUGUAACAGCAACACAUCGAAAGUAGCAGAGAAAGAACUGAGUGAGUGAGUGAGUGAGAAAAAUGGAGACUCCUCCUUCAACACAAGGUGGUGUAGUGAAGAAGAAGGAAACAAGAGGUAGAAAACCUAAACCAAAGGAAGACAAAAAAGAUGAACAACAACAAAAUGUCAAAUCACCAAGAGAAUCGAAAAAAUCACAACAACAUCAACAAAAUCAACAACAUCAACAACAACAUCAAGCUUCUGUUGACGAGAAAUACACUCAAUGGAAAUCUCUUGUUCCUGUUCUUUAUGAUUGGCUCGCUAAUCAUAAUCUUGUUUGGCCUUCUCUCUCUUGCCGUUGGGGUCCUCAGCUUGAACAAGCUACUUAUAAGAAUCGACAGCGAUUAUAUCUUUCUGAGCAGACUGAUGGUAGUGUUCCGAAUACUUUGGUGAUUGCGAAUUGUGAGGUUGUCAAGACUAGGGUUGCAGCUGCAGAGCAUAUUUCUCAGUUUAAUGAAGAGGCCCGCUCUCCAUUUGUGAAGAAGUACAAGACUAUCAUACAUCCAGGAGAGGUGAACAGAAUUAGAGAAUUGCCACAAAAUUCCAAGAUUGUGGCUACUCACACGGACAGCCCUGAUGUUCUCAUUUGGGAUGUUGAAAGUCAACCUAACCGUCAUGCUGUCCUUGGAGCUACAAAUUCUCGACCUGAUUUGAUAUUGACCGGACACCAAGAUAAUGCAGAGUUUGCUCUUGCAAUGUGCCCAACUGAGCCCUAUGUGCUUUCCGGAGGAAAGGAUAAAACAGUGGUGUUGUGGAGUAUUGAAGACCAUGUAACAUCUUCUGCUACAGACUCCAAAUCUGGUGGAUCCAUUAUCAAACAAAAAUCUGGGGAAGGUAAUGACAAAAAUGUUGAUAGCCCUUCUGUCGGACCAAGAGGUAUCUAUUCUGGUCAUGAUGAUACUGUUGAAGAUGUGGCUUUUUGCCCUUCUAGUGCGCAGGAAUUCUGUAGUGUUGGAGAUGAUUCUUGUCUCAUAUUAUGGGACGCACGUGUUGGCUCAAGUCCUGCGGUUAAGGUUGAAAAAGCUCACGAUGCUGAUCUUCACUGUGUUGACUGGAAUCCCCAUGAUAAUAAUCUGAUUCUUACUGGGUCUGCGGAUAAUUCUGUUCGCUUGUUCGAUCGUCGUAAUCUCACCUCCAAUGGGGUUGGAUCUCCCAUCCAUAUAUUUGAGGCUCAUAAAGCUGCUGUUCUUUGUGUUCAGUGGUCUCCAGACAAAGCAUCCAUAUUUGGAAGUUCAGCAGAAGACGGUCUCUUGAACAUUUGGGAUUAUGAGAAGGUUGGUAAAAAGAUAGAGCGAGCUGGAAAAACAAUAAAUUCUCCUGCAGGGCUGUUUUUCCAACAUGCUGGUCAUAGAGACAAAGUUGUUGACUUUCACUGGAAUGCAUAUGAUCCAUGGACAAUUGUUAGUGUGUCCGAUGAUUGUGAAAGUACUGGCGGAGGAGGAACAUUGCAGAUAUGGCGCAUGAGUGACUUGCUUUACAGACCAGAGGAUGAGGUUUUGGAAGAGCUGGAGAAAUUCAAAGCUCAUGUGGUGGCUUGUGCUGCAAAGACCGAGAAGGCCGAAAAAUGAUUUACUUCGUAGACAAUGAAUUGUAAAAACUUAUGGUGUGGAUGUUUCAUAGCCAUUUUAGAAAACACAACAUGUAAUUCUUAGUUCAUAUGGCUCCAUUCUCAGACAGAACAUGAUGCAGGUUGGAGAUUUGAAAUGCUUAGGCUCAUUAACUCGAGACAUGUUCUCUACUGUAAGCAAAUCAGAUUAGCUUAUUUAUCGUCUAAAUCUUGUAGCGUAUGACUAUAUGAUCAAAGUAGAGUUGUUUGGUAA